AUGAUUGUGAACAUGCAGAUGGAUGAUGUGUUGAAAAAAAUUAUAUGUUCUGGGAAAAAUGAAAUUAAUUUUUUUUCUAUUAAAUCUGCAUUCCUGCUUCCGAAAGAAGCCCUUCUUGCGUUAUCUUUCGAGGUUGACGGCGGUGCCGUUUACUUACCUGUAUGUGUUCGUGGUCACGAAGAAUACUUUCAACUACCUCCUGAUUGUCAGUCCAUGCUGUUCAUUGUAGAAUCCAAGAUGGCGUCACGUCCAAUGACUCCCAUGGAGACGGAAAAAGAGAGAAAAGCGUUAACAGUGUCGAACAGGUGGCAGACCCGAGUAUUCCAAAUCCAAGGGGGAAAAUUCAAUGGGACAUGCUUUUUAAUUAAUGGUCAACGUGUUUUGACGGCUGCUCAUCUGGAUUUCGUGAUAGAUAAAAAAUAUCAAAUAUGUGGUUCAGAAAAACGCACUUUUGAUGUGAAAUGCAAAUUCAUAUGUUGUGAAUCUGAUUUCGCUGUUCUGCACUCGGAUGAACUUCCUGAUUUGUCACCGCCAGUUGAUGGUAUAUAUAGAGGGAUGAAUUAUUUUGUAAUGGGUUAUCCGGCCGAUCUCGAUCAUACUCAUCCUGCAAUUAGCAAAGGUAUUAUUGAAGGGCUAACGGCAGAUAAUACGAAUUACGUCGGUACGCCUGGAUCUAAACGAGGAUAUUCUGGUGCUCCUGUAUUCAAUGAUGGUGGUAGUUUAGUUGGAAUGCUUUUGGGUAGUACUUCGACAUUGA